AUGGUGGAUGAAAGUAAGCAAUUGCAAGGUAAUAAAGAUGGUGACAAACACCAAACACAGGAACUGACCAAUACUAGUGGGAACUCUCAACCAUCGGCACCAACACCAGCACAGGUUCCUUCUGUACAACAACAACAACAACAGAAAUCAUCAACACAAAAUCAACAAUCAACAACAGGAUCUGCACGUUCUUCACAGGGUAGAUCCAAUCAACCACAAUAUUCACAGGCUGAUUUGAAUAGAAUCGUUUUAGAGUAUUUAAAUAAAAAAGGAUAUCACAGAACUGAAGCCCAACUUAGACUUGAGAGCUCCAACAUCCCGACACCAGCAGUACCCCUUGCAACACCAGCCACCACAGAAUUGGCUUCUGUCAAUGAAAUUGGUGACAAUAAAGAUUUAAAAGAGAAAUUGACUAAAGCUGAACAGGAAUUGAAGGAGUUACGAGACAAACAAUCAAAAAUUGAGAAAGAGUUACGAGAGGCAAAGGAUCGUGAAGUUAAAAUAAGUAAAGAAAAAGAGUUGAAACAGUUGAAAGAGUUGGAAAAGAAGACGAAAAGGGAAAGUGACCCAGAGAUCUAUUUUACUGCUUAUUCUAUGUUAAGAAGAUGGGUUGGAUCAUCUUUGGAUUUGUAUAAGCCAGAGUUAUCUCGAGUGUUAUACCCGUUGUACAUUCAUUGUUUUUUGGAAUUGAUAUCUAAAGGGUUUUCAAGUGAGGCUAAAUUAUUUUUCGAUAAAUUCAGAUCAGAUCAUUUGGUUUUGCACGGUAUUGAAGUUGAAAAGUUUGCUGGUUUGUCGUUACCAGAACAUUUAGAAGAAAAUGAUUUGGCUGUUGCUUAUAGAAAAUACAAAUAUAGAAUUUUGGUAUCCAAAACUUCUUUGAAUUUGUUGAUAUAUUUUCUCCAUGAAAACGAAGCAGUUGGAGGUGGUAUUUUGAUUCGUAUUAUAAAUCAAUACUUGGACCCUGUGAUUUCAACUAAUAGACCAGACAAAAUAGAUCAAGAAGGUGAAGCCAAUCCAGAAGAAGGAAUAUCAGAAUACGUGACUGAUACUAAUGAAGUGAAAAAAUUCAACGAACAAAAUGUCAAAUUGGGAAAGUUACCAAUAGAUCCUGAUGUUGCCAAGGAGGUUGAAGCAGAAUUGAAGAUUAAAGACGAAAAAAUCGAGCCAGUCAACAACAAAACAUUAACUAAAGAAUUUCAAGAUAUGACAAAGCCAGACCAGGAUCUGCCUGUUAGAGAAUCAUUGCCUCUUCCAUUGAAGGAUGCAAAUGAUAUAAAAAAGAUGAUUAUACAGGUUGAGGAUUCUCGAUCAAAGAUCAAGUUAGGUGCAAUACAAGCAAGUUUACCGUCAGUUUGUAUGUACACAUUUCACAACACUAACAAUAAUAUGACAUGUAUUGAAUUCAAUGACGAUUCGACUUUAGUGGCAGCAGGAUUCCAAGACAGUUACAUCAAGUUGUGGAGUCUUGAUGGGAAACCUUUGAAAUCGGUAUUGAAAAGAGAUCGUCACAAACCACAAGAAAAUACCAGAAAACUCAUUGGUCACAGUGGACCAGUUUAUGGAGUAUCGUUCUCACCAGAUAAUAAAUAUCUCUUGUCAUGUUCAGAAGAUAAGACAGUAAGAUUAUGGUCAUUAGAUACAUACACUGCAUUGGUUUCUUACAAGGGUCAUACCCAGCCUGUUUGGGAUGUCAAAUUUUCACCAUUGGGACAUUAUUUUGUUACUGCAUCGCACGAUCAAACAGCAAGGUUAUGGGCUACUGAUCACAUCUAUCCAUUGCGUAUAUUUGCUGGACAUAUCAAUGAUGUCGAUUGUGUUGAAUUCCAUCCAAACUCCAAUUACGUUUUUACUGGCUCAAGUGAUAAGACUUGUCGUAUGUGGGAUGUACAUACUGGUAAUUGUGUACGUGUAUUCUUGGGUCAUACCAAUUCUGUGAAUUGUCUAGCAGUAUCUCCUGAUGGUAGAUGGUUGGCAAGUGGAGGUGAAGACGGAAUUAUUUGUGUAUGGGAUAUUGGUUCUGGAAGGCGGUUAAAGAGUAUGAGAGGACAUGCUAGGGCUUCAUUAUACUCCCUUGCAUUUUCUCGAGAUGGCACUGUUUUGGUCAGUGGGUGUGCUGAUAAUAGUGUGAGAGUAUGGGAUGUCAAAAAGAAUACAAAUGAUGCUGGACCUGAACCUGAAGCGUUCAAUAAUAAUGUCAAUGGCAACGAAACCAACUCUGAUGGGGCACUGUCAACGCAACAACAGCAACAGCCACAACAACAACAGCAGCAAAGCAAAAAGGAAUCAAUUGCUACUAGCGACCAUAUGAAUGCAUUUUUCACUAAAAAGACACCUGUAUACAAAGUUCAUUUUACUCGAAGAAAUUUAUGUCUUGCAGCUGGUGCCUUCCAAGGAUGA